CGGGAAACAAUGUGUUGAUGUGGGUGUAAUAGGACAUGGAAUUCUACUCCAUCAAGCCUCUGCUUUUGUGGGUGAUCCCCUACAUCUUUCAAAGAUCUUUGCCAGAUGCCACAUUCAGAAACAUCACAUGAACAUGGUUGGAUGCCUCAUGCCUUGGUUAAUGAAUAAACUUAUUUUAAAUUGGUUUCUUGCUGGUCUCCCAAGUCUAUUUUCAUUGUUGUCAGCCUCUCUAAAAUUUCAGGAAAAAACUCAGUAUCAAAAUGGCUAUAAGCAGGAACAAGCUGGUUUUACUACUAGGAAUAAUUUGUUUGGAGCAAGGAAAAUCUGCAACUCUCUCUCUCCCCAAAGCUCCCACCUGUGGGCGGAGUCUGGUUAAGCCACACCAUUGGAAUUAUUUGAAUAUUUUCAGUCGAAUUGUUGGGGGAAGCCAAGUGGAAAAGGGUUCCUAUCCUUGGCAGGUAUCUCUGAAACGAAGGCAGAAGCAUAUCUGUGGCGGAACCAUCAUCUCUCCACAGUGGGUGAUCACAGCUGCUCAUUGCGUAGCAAACAGAAACAUUGCAUCAACUUUGAAUGUUACUGCUGGAGAAUAUGACUUGAGCCAGAGAGAACCUGGAGAGCAAACCCUCACCAUUGAAACCAUCAUCAUACAUCCAUAUUUCACCACCAAGAAACCAAUGGACUAUGAUAUUGCCCUUGUGAAGAUGGCUGGAACCUUCCAUUUUGGCCAGUUUGUGGGGCCCUUGUGUCUUCCAGAGCCAGGGGAGCGAUUUGAGGCUGGAUUUAUUUGUACAGCUGCAGGCUGGGGCCGCUUGACGGAAGGUGGCCUCCUCUCACAAGUCCUGCAGGAAGUGAACUUGCCCAUUUUGACCCAGGAGGAGUGUACAAUGGCUCUGCUAACCCUAAAGAAACCUAUCAGUGGGCAGACCUUUCUCUGCACAGGCUUCCCAGAUGGAGGAAGAGAUGCAUGUCAGGGAGAUUCAGGAGGUUCCCUCAUGUGCCAGAACAAGAAAGGAACCUGGACUCUGGCUGGUGUGACUUCCUGGGGCUUGGGCUGUGGUCGAGGCUGGAGAAACAAUGUGGAGAAAAAUGAUCAAGGGUCUCCUGGGAUCUUCACAGACCUUAGUAAAGUGCUUCCCUGGAUCCAUGGACACAUCAGAACUGGUAAUAAAGCCAGCACAGAAGGUCAAGAAGCUGCCAUUCUGUUAAGGCCAAAAAGAGGCUCUGCUUCUGUUCUCAGUGUAGCACACAAGGAUGGUGAUAUUUACUAAGUCUAAAACAAGAGUGAAAUAUGGUAUGUGGCAUGACAUGCAGAUACUCGAUGAAACAUGAGUCUUUCCAUCCUAGACUUCCUCAAAUUUGUCUUUACUGAAACUAUCUCAUCUGGUUGUAUGUUUUUACCACUUCCAUUUCAAUGUGCUGUCAAGAUUCAGCAAGCUGAUAGCAUGGAUCAGUGGUUCUCAAGUGGGGACAACUUUGUCCCCUGGGAGACAAUGUCUGGAGACAUUUCUGAUUAUCGCAACUGGGGUGGGGGCGCAGGGUUGCCAAUGGCAUCUAGUGGCUACUAAAUAUCUGACAAUCCACAGGGCAGCCCCCCACAACAAAGAAUGAUUCAGUCUAAAACAAGGUACCAAGGUUGAAAAGCCUUGGCAUAGAUCUAAGUACAUACAGUGAGUCUGAAAAGGCUUGGGUCUAUAUAUGCCCCCUGCUUUAAUACAUUUUAAUUUUUAGAGCAGUUUUACAGAAAAACUGUACAGGAUGUACAGAGUUCCCAUAUACCCUCCCUCCCCUCUGCACACU